AAGUGGAUAAUAAAGAUUAUCCCCUGUAUAGUAGUCAAAUUUGCUCCAGGCCUGGAUAUUAGCGAGUAUUAGACUAUAUGUUAUAUUUGGGCUUACCGAGAAGAUAUACUAAUGCCGAAGCCGCUAGGGGCAAUUUCAAUUAGAAGUUGCAACUAUAUAUUUAUGUUAUAUAUUGAGGGAGAUCCCUUUACGGACCUCUGGCCGAAUCUUUUAUCUGAACUAAAGAGUUCUAUACGGUCCAAUAUAAAUAUAAUUAUAAUAUAUCUCAAGCUAGAUCCGAUACUUCGGAUAUUAGUAUGGCCGAUUCCGAUUCCGAUUCCGAUUCCGAGUAUUUUAACUAAAAUGGAAUUUAAAGUAUUCUUGGUUUCUAUUUACCGGAAGCUAAAUCAGGUCUAUCUGGAUUUAAUUACUUCUAUACUAAGUAUAAGUUACCAGAUUAUUAUAACUUAUAGUAACCUAUAUUCUAAGAACAUAUUAGUAUUAUAUACUGCUUUAAAUAGUAUUAAGAUUACUGGACUAGUAGACUGGGAGUUUAGUAGGGUAUAUCCAGAGUACUGGGAAUAUAUAAAAGCCCUU